GCUCUCCACUCACACCCUCAAAUCUUACCAAGUUCAGCUCUCCCUGCUCAAAGGCAGACAGGAGCAGCACGGCAGCCUGUUAAACGAGUUGAGGGAAGGAGCAGAAGAGUCACAGAGUGAGACAUAGACUGGAAGGAGAGAAGGAGGGGAAGGGGGGCUGCAUGAGUGAAGGGAGAGCAAGGCAGAGAGAGCACUGUUGCCCAUAUGCCGACAGGAGCAUGGGCGGUUGAGCAACCUGGCCCCCACUGAAGCUUCCUGACUCAUGGGAGCGUCAGGAACCAGGUCCCAAGAGAGCCUGGAAAACGCUGCCGGAUCACGCGUGGUGGGAGAAGGAGGGGAGAGGAAAAAACUCUUGGAAGGGGAGGCAAGAGGCAAGACAAGCUGCAACGGUAGGCUGUCCCACUCAGCUGCUGUGCCGUGAUGACGUCGGCGGGCAUGUGACCCAGGGUCUCCAGUGACGCCGCAUGGAGGGCAGGAAAGAGACGAGUUUUAAAGCUGGUGCCUUUUGGGUUGUGUGAGGGCUCUGCUCGCCUCCCCAACAACCACAGAACCACAGACGUGCGGCUCGGGGUUGGUGUCUGAGGGCGACCUGGAGUGUAAAUGGUUAAUCGUCACGGGCCAGCACCAGUCACAAGGACGGCGCUAAGCAAGUAAGACGUGUCGAGGGUCACAGAAACCGCAGAGGAACAAAAGUGGGGCUUGCUGGAACCAGAGGCAGCCAUGGCAUCCAACAGCCUCUUCAGCACAGUGACACCAUGUCAGCAAAACUUCUUCUGGGAUCCCAGCGCCAGCCGGAGGUUCAGUCCGCCGUCCAGCAGCCUCCAGCCGGUCCCCGGGAAGAUGAACGACGUCAGCUCCCCGGCGGGCCAGCCGGACGCGGCGGCCGCCGUGCCGCGGCUGCGUCCGCCGCACGAGAACCGCAGCAUGGCCGAGAUCAUCGCCGACCACCCGGCCGAGCUGGUGCGCACCGACAGCCCCAACUUCCUCUGCUCGGUCCUGCCCUCCCACUGGCGGUGCAACAAGACGCUGCCCGUCGCCUUCAAGGUGGUCGCCCUGGGCGACAUACCCGACGGGACGGUCGUCACGGUUAUGGCGGGCAACGACGAGAACUACUCGGCCGAGCUGCGGAACGCCUCGGGCGUGAUGAAGAACCAAGUGGCGCGCUUCAACGACCUUCGCUUCGUGGGCCGCAGCGGCAGAGGCAAGAGCUUCACACUGACAAUCACGGUAUUCACCAACCCACCGCAAGUGGCCACGUACCACCGAGCCAUAAAGGUCACCGUGGACGGACCGCGUGAGCCCAGGAGGCAUCGUCAGAAACUUGAGGACCCGCCCAAAGCUGGCCUGUUCUCAGACCGCCUUAGUGAGCUUGAGAGGAUGAGGGUGAGGGUCACGGUUCCCACGCAAACGCCCCGACCAGCUCUCAACACCGCAGCCAACACCUUCAACCCGCAGGGUCAGACACAGAUAACAGACCCUCGUCAGUCCCAGUCCUCUCCUCCGUGGUCGUACGAACAGCCGUACCCGUCCUACCUGAGUCCCAUGGCGUCCCCCUCUGUCCACUCCACCACCCCCCUCUCCUCCAGCCGAGGCACGGGCCUGCCUGCCAUCAGUGACGUGCCUAGACGAUUGCCAGGGUCUUCUGACCUGAGUCCGUUCCCCGGCCAGUUCGAGCGCCAGUUCCCGAGCCUCUCCUCCAUCACGGACAGCCGCUUCUCCAGCCCGCGCAUGCACUACCCGGCCACCUUCACCUACACCCCGCCCGUCACCUCGGCCAUGACGCUCGGCAGCGCCCACUACCACACCUACCUCCCCCCGCCGUACCCGGGCUCCACCCAGAGCCAGAGCGGGCCCUUCCAGACCAGCAGCACGCCGUACCUGUACUACGGCGCCUCCUCCAACUCGUACCAGUUCUCCAUGGUGCCCGGCGGCGACCGCUCGCCGUCUCGGAUGGUGCCGCCUUGCACUAGCGCCUCCACGGGCACCUCGCUGGUGAACCCCAACCUGCCCAGCCAGACGGAGGGGGGCGUGGACGGCGACGGGAGUCACAGCAACUCGCCGACCGUGCUGAACCCCGGCGGGCGCAUGGACGAAGCGGUGUGGAGGCCGUACUGAGGAAAGACCAGGAGGACAUGCGGAUGACAAGUCAAGUGAUGUCACGGUUUACAAGCACAAAACCCCCUUUUGUUUUCUCAUAUCAUAAUAAGGGGGGAUUUCUUUCUUUUUUCUUUUUUUUAAUUUUUAUUUCACAUCCUCAGCUGUCUCCACCUUCCGCUUGGAAAUUAAAACAGAGAUGAUGAUGAUGAUGAUGAUGAUGGGGGAAGGGCAGGGAGGAGUUGGGAAAAUGAAAUAAAAGAACAUACAUGCACCGACUUGUCUUCCUGGAAUGUGUUUGGACCGAGGCACUACAAAGGGAGCCAUUCUCACUGCAAUAAUGAGAAGAAAAGACAUUUAAAAAAAACAAACUAUUUUUGAUUUCCAAGCCUACGCAGACGGGACGUUGUUUCAAUUUUUAGGGCGGCCCCUCCAGCUAAGGGAUGCUGCGUCGACAUUUGUAAAAGACUGCCCCUCUGUUUUUCUUUUUUGUAACGUGUUUGUACUUUAUUAAGCCUUUUUUUUUUGUUUGUUUUUUUUGCAGAGCAUGUUUUUGUACAAUAUCGAGAUGCAACCUAAGCACUGAGUAGCAGAUGAGAAGCGUGUGUUACCAAAAAAGCGGCGUGGACAUUCAUUUUGCUCUAAACCAAUUAAUUUAACUUGUACAUUGUGGGUUGAUGUAGAUUGAAACGUUUUGUUUUUGUUGUUUUGUUUUGUUUUUUUCUUUUGUUAGUUUUUUCUCUAGUUUUAACUUAUAAAAGCCAUAAAUUAUGUAUUGUAUUUGAAACUUGAGUCGAAGAAGUGUAAUCUGAAUAUUUUUGAUGCAUCUAUAUGACUAAGUUAAUUUUAUCUUUGAUAGGUAAUUUAAGAGUUUUCUUUUUUUUGUUGUUGUUGUUGUCAUUGCUGUAGCUGCACCCCCCU